AGUGCGAUUGAGUCCUUCCGGGGGCACCGGGCUAUGAUUGGUUGGCGCAGGACUGGGUUUCCGGAGGGUGAUCAGCGGGAGGGUGGUGGCGGCGGUCGCUGAAGAACACAAAAAUGGCAGGUCGCAGAGCCGCUCUGAAAGCGAUUGACUGGAUGGCAUUUGCAGAGAGAGUGCCUCCCAAUCAGAGAGCUAUGUUUAAUGCCCUGAAAACACGCAGUGAUGCCCUUUCAGCCAAGUUGACCUCCUUGCCUGAGAAGCCCCCAGCUAUUGAUUGGGUUUAUUACAAGACUGCAGUUGCUAAGGCUGGCAUGGUGGAUGAGUUUGAAAAGAAGUACAAUGCACUAAAGGUUCCUGAGCCUGUGGACACACAAACAGGCAAGAUAAAUGCCCAGGAACAGGAAGCUGCUAAAAGUGCUGCUGAAUAUGUGCAAGCCUCUAAAUCCCGUAUUGUCCAGUAUGAGAAAGAGCUUGAGAAGUUCAAAACCAUGAUUCCAUUUGAUCAGAUGACAUUUGAGGACUUGAAUGAGGUCUUCCCUGAAACCAAACUGGACAAGGAGAAAUAUCCAUAUUGGCCACACAAACCUAUUGAAGACCUGUAAAUCUGUCUGAAAGCAGUUUCUGGUGACUGUCUAAUUCUCUAGAAUCUUUUUAAAUAAAGUAAUUGUACAGGGC